AUGGCUUCAACACCGCCCAAUCGUGUGCUCUGUGUAUGUACAAAAUGCCGACAAUCCUCGCACCAGGACCAGGAUGGGAAAUUGUUACCAGGUGUUCUUGUUCACCCAGGAACUCGCCGUGCACAUCUUAAACUGGAUGCUGACAUGAAGUUAUCCAUGGGCGUUGCUGGCUCCGGGUCAACGCCGCAUGAAGCAGUGCCAAGACCUGACCAUCAUGGUGAUGUACAUUUGCAACUGCUCCCUAAUGAGCAGCAGCGUGCCACUCACACUAUUACCGCUGCUGCCCAGGCCACAGAGGAUACAGAUGUCUUCAUGGAAGACAUCAACUUGAAGGAAGAGAGCUCGGAUACAGACACCGUCAUGGCUGAUGACGGAGAUGAACAGGCCUCUGCUAUCAUGACACUCGCUUUGGUCCUUGCAAGUUGGCUCCAUUUAUGCUGUGGUCUCAGCCGAGAGGCAUCGUCACGUGUCCUGAAGGUCGUUCAUGCCAUUAUCACUUUGACAUUCCAGCUUGCGCGCCUUUUCCAUAUCACCUCUCGUGCUGAUAGUGACACAUCUUCUAUGGAUAUCGACAUGAAGCAUGAUGUGCGUACUGCCAUGUCCAACCUCUCUAUAGAGCCUAUCCUCCACCGCUCAGUCUGCUGUCCGAAAUGUUUUGCGCAGUACUCCAUUCAAGACUGUCCUGACAUCUGUCCCCGGCGUGAGACCCGGCGGAGCAAGCCUUGUGGGGAGGUUCUCUGGACUAUCCGUCACGGGAGCAAUGGUGGCCCCAUUCGGUGUCCACGCCGUCUCUACUCCACACAGUCAUUUGAAUCAUGGCUGACUUGGUUCCUCUCUCGUCCGGGUAUUGAAGAUAUCAUUGAUGAGUCUUACGCCCAUGUACCAUCCGGAGAUACUAUGCAUUCUAUCCGCGACAGUCCCGCUUGGAAAAGCUUUGGUUCCUUCACCUCCACGCGUGGCAACCUUGUCUUCAGUUACUACAUUGACUGGUUCAAUCCUCUGACAAAUAAGAUUGCCGGCAAGAAGGUAUCUGCAGGAGCGAUAAUGCUAUUCUGCAUGAAUCUCCCGGAGCACCUGCAGUGGUUACCUGAGAAUACCUUCUUUGCUGGCAUUACACCUCCCCCCAAUGAACCGACAGUCACGACAAUAACAAAUAUUGCUGACCCAGUUAUUGACCAACUUGCGGAGUUCUACACAGGCAAGAAAAUACCAACUUAUCGUUAUCCGAUGGGCUUCUUCACCCGAGUUGGAGUAAUGCCUUUCAUCGCAGACCUGAUCGCUAUCCGGAAAGCAGGAGCAGGAGGCUUUGCAUCGCACAGCGCCGAGCUCUUCUGCUCCUUCUGCACGUGCCUCCGAAGUCAACUCGAGUGUCUGGACCCUACUCAAUGGCGGCCUCGUACCGGGCUUGAAGUUCGAACUGCUGCUUGGCGCUGGCAUGACGCCCAGACUAAAACUGCGAAGAAAGAAAUCUUUGCUGAGACCGGGGUGCGGUGGUCAUCACUGCAUAAGCUCUCUUAUCGGGAUCCUGUUCGGCAUACAGUUCUUGGUGUUAUGCAUAACUGGAUGGAAGGUGUCUUGCAGCACCAUGCCCGCAGGAAGUGGGGUAUCGGUAUUGAGCCUGGGUCAAGCAAAGAUGAAGAUGACAGUAUGCUAGCCUCUGCAUCAGACAUCAAUCAGGAAGCCUCCGACGCAGAUGCUAUGGAUAUUGACAUCAUCGAGCAUAACGACAUUCCUUCAUCACAGAGGCGCCGAACUCCAGCAGUCAACUUCCAGAUGGACAGCAGUGGCGAGGAGAGUGGAGAUGAUGACUUCCUGCAGGCUGAUGAUGAAUCGGAGAGUGAUGAUUCAGACGAUGAAGAUACAAAGAAUGAUACGGGACCGGGACCUACCUGUAUUUUCAGCACACUUGAGCUUGGGAGAAUCCGGGCAUGCAUUAGCGACACAGUGAUUCCGACAUGGGUGGACCGUCCACCGGUUAAUCUUGGUGACAAAUCUCAUGGAAAACUUAAGGCUGAUAACUGGUUCAUACUCUUCUCUGUCAUGCUUCCGAUGGUGCUCGUAGAACUCUGGUGGUCAACCAACAACCACCGGGACGCACAACUCUUAGAGAAUUUCUAUGAUCUGGUGACAUGCACAAAUAUCAUUGGGUCAUUCUCCACAAGCAAUGACAAGGCCGACACAUACCAUGCACAUUAUAUCCGUUACCGGUCUUCACUUCGCCAGUUGUUUCCGCGCUCGAAUUCAGUCCCAAAUCAUCACUAUGCAAUGCACAAUGCCGAGUUGCUCAAGUUUUGGGGCCCACUGAUGAAGAUAAGUGAAUUUCCAUAUGAGCGUAGCAAUGGUCGCCUGCAAAAGAUCAAGACAAAUGGACAUAUUUGUGAGUACGUUGCACUGGAUAACUAUGUGCGCUGA